GGAGGGAAGGAAGGGAGGGAGAAGGAGAAAUGGUGGGCGACUUGCAGUAGGGUGAGAGCAAAGAGAGAGGGAGAGGGGGAGAUAGAGAGGGGGAAAUAGGGAGAGAGAGGCUAUGGCGGAACCUGAGUAUUCGAACGCGAAGACGUCGGUGUGGUGGGAUAUAGAGAACUGCCAGGUGCCGAGGGGGGCAGAACCCCACGCCAUUGCUCAGAACAUAAGCUCCGCCCUCGCUUUCGUUGGCUACAGAGGACCCGUUUCCAUCUCCGCUUACGGCGACACCACCCGCAUCCCCUCCACCGUCCAACACGCCCUCUCCAGCACCGGCGUCGCCCUCAACCACGUCCCCGCCGGUGUUAAAGAUGCAAGCGACAAAAAAAUUCUUGUGGAUAUGCUGUUCUGGGCAGUGGAUAAUCCUGCCCCUGCAAAUUAUCUGUUGAUUUCUGGAGACCGGGACUUCUCUAAUGCACUCCACCAAUUACGCAUGAGGAGAUAUAAUAUCCUACUAGCGCAGCCUCAAAAUGUUUCUGCUCCCCUUGUUGCUGCUGCAAAGACUGUCUGGUUAUGGACAAGCUUGUUGGCUGGAGGUCCAGCAUUGCAAAAUGGUUCAGGACCAGCAAUGCCUAAUAUUCCAGGCGAACUAGUACAACCGAUUAAUGGACAUAAUGCGGACAGACCCAGGAUUGCAUUUCCUGAAAAUCAGCAAGAAAAGCUGUACGUGCGUUCAGAAGCUGAACAUACACAGGAUUUCUCAGGGGGCCAGAAGAACUAUGGUACUAAGGCUACUGAUAGGACUAAAGGGAAACCGUCCAAAAGAAACCCAAGUCAAACGAAUGGUCCAAGAAGUAUGAACCGAGAAAAUCAGUCACCCCAAUUUGGAGCUCAAGAUGCACAUGCUAGCUCUAACAGAUUGGACCUGAAGACAAAAAUGGUCAAACAGCAAAGUAAAAUUCCUAACCAAAUGACUGCACAGUCUGAUAUGAUGGGAUUAAAUUCUUCUAGCCAGUUCACAUCCCAGCAGAGAAGUUCUUCUAGUAGUGGUUUGCAUCCUUCGACAUCAUCCUCUUCAUUGCUUCCUGAAUUUGGACCUCCACCUCAACCUAUGCAGCUUAAAACAUCUUGUAGUGCUCCACCGAUAUUUUCUUAUCCUGGUCCAUCGCAGAACAGUGGAAAUAUUCCUCGUAAUUUUCAUCCUCAAUAUUCUCAACCUGUUGGACCCAGUAACUUGAUGCCUAUGCCACACUCAUUCUCAGUGGGAAACCCUUACCCACCUACUUCAUGUGCACCAAGCCCAUAUCCUUAUCAUUCAAGAUACGAUGGGCCUCGUCAUCCUCCAGGACCUAUUCCAGAGAUGCCAAACAUCGGAAAGUUAAAUAUUUCCGACCAUCAGGUUAGCACACAGAAUACUCCAGUUUCUCACCUGAAUGGAGAAGCUAAUGUAAAAGUUAAUUUUGAGGCAUCUACGCUUCAAAAGGAUUUUACACAGCAACGAAUCGCUCAUCCACAUAAUGGGAAAACUUUUCAGCAUGACAGCAUGCAUAGCAAGCAGAUGCCUUCUGGUUCUGAAUCACAGGCUUCGGCUCCAGUUCAGGCACAGUCUACUGAAACAGUACUUUAUCAUAUAGGUGUUCUUUUGCGUGUGAUGCAGACACUGAAGAAUGACAAAAUGAUGCCUUCAGAAACUAAUAUUGCAGAUUGCAUUCGAUAUGGAGAUUCAAGUAAUCCUAAUUUUGAUUUGCGUUUGGCCUUGGAUAGUGCCAUUGAGAGAAAAAUAUUGGUAGUCCAUAGCCCUGGAGGACCUUUCCAAAUUUAUCUUCCAAAAAAUGAUACAUUGUGGAAAUGCAUCAAUCCACUAGAUACUAGCAUAAAACAUCCCAAAGAAACAUGGGAUGGGCUAUCAAAGUAUUUGGCUUCUCUUGAAGGUCGUUCAGCAAUUAUGGCUUCCCAAAGCAGGUAUCAUGCUGCAACUAUACUAAAGAAAUCAUGUUUAAAGCAUCUUGUCAUCGGUGAAAUACUUCAGUUGUUGAAUGCAGCAAUAACUUUGAGACAUUGGAUAGUGCCCCGUCACUCAGGCUGGCAACCACUGCAGUUCAACCUAGCAGAAUCUGACAAAGAUUCAGAUUCUAAAUCUAUUCCUGAUGACAGGCAAUCGUUUCUUUACUGAAAUUUGCAACCAGAAAUGCGGACAAACGGGACAUAUUCUGUUUGAUAUCUUUCAGGUCGAGGCUACUAGGGUUUAUGGUAUUAGACAUACUGUUAGGGAUAUAGUAUGAUACAAUCUUCUCUUACUUUUAGGCUAGAUGUUUCAAGGUAGUUUGAGAAAGCUAGGUUCACUUCAAGGUAAGGUGGUACACACAUCUUUAAUUAGUUACUCCCAGCAGCAUCUUGAAGUCAGAUGCUCUGAUGGCAUGGAGAGGCAUUUUGACAAAAUGCUUUAGAGUUGAACUUCUUGGAUUUCCAAGUUUUCAAGAGAGCUGGAUCACAAAAAUUGAAGACCUUAAAUGGAGCUUGAUGGAUAAAUGCUCCGAUCUUCUACUCAUAUUUGGCUGAUGAAGGAAAACACUUAGAAAAUUCAAAGUGCAAAAACAAUUCUAUUUCGAAUGGCAAAACUUGUUGGACUUGGAGAAGCCCUUGUUGCAGUUUGGCUAUGCCUGUGCUUUUAUGAUGUGCGACCUCUCAACAGUUUUUAGCAUUCAUUACCUUUUAUCAUUUUCCUUUUCUCCUCAGAUAUCUUCUUCCGACUUAUCCCAUUUCUUCCUCAUCUUUAAUUUGGACAUCUCUGUCCUACGCCUGUACAUAUUCGCUGCUUCCAUUCCUUGAAUGCUUAUUGAUGUUUUCCCGAAGUGAUUGGUGAUGCCCAUAAAGAUUAUCUUGUCCAUGGACCCAUCCACGUAAUACAGUUAUAAUUCUUGAAACCCUGAAGCUCAGGAAUCGUGGCAAUGUGUUUGUGCCCUUGCUCAGCAUUGCCUCUGCUGUGAAGAAGGAUAAUUGGAGUUACAGGAAGGUUCAAUGUGCUGGUGUGUUGACAGAUAGCACGUUUUGAUGGUGAUUGAAUUUGCUACUCUUUCACUGUUGCGGGAUGGCUAUCAAUAAUAUAGCUAGUUGAGCGGUGAUGCUAAGUACUGUUUACGAGGAUUCUACGGUGGAGACCGCGUGUUUGAUGAAUUACUAGAAGGCGUUACCAGAGAAGUGUUAGUGAUCCCUUUCUUUUUUAGUUACAAUGGACGCGCUGGCCUUAUGUUCUGUAAGGCAUAAAAGUGGCAACUUGGCCCCUUCUUAGUUGGAGUUCUCUUGUCAGAUAUGUAAGCCAUAUGCCAUCAUAUGGGAUAUCUGCUAGUUGACCGGAAUUGCAAGUUAUGCUUUUAGCAGCAAACCUUACCACCCUGCUUCUUUGAUUUUCUAUGUAUAUUCUCCCAAGCUUUGAUCAGUAACAGAAAUAUUAAGUAGCAGGAUUACUGUACUUUUUUAAUUUUUAAGUA